UCUCGUUCUUGGAAGAUCGCGACGCGCUCGUGCACUCCGUCGCACACACCGGUAUUUGUUUAUUUUUAAUUUUUUUUUUUUUUUACCGAAAACUACAUCGCACGUAAUAUUAUUUCGUUCGAAGUUCGCUACUCGGUGGUUUUCGUUUGUUUUUUGUCGUUCAUAUCGUGAUUCGUAAUAUUCCGUACGAUCUAAUUAUAAUUCCGCGAACAAUCCGCCGUCGUUCCGUUGCAAUCAAAACCAUCGAUCUCGGAUCAUUUUUUUUUUUUUUUUCUACGUGUGUCCCGUUGGAUAUAUUAUCAACUGACUCGGACGAAAGAGGUUUUGUGUGCGGCCAGACAUGUUGGAAACAGUAACCACGGAGAAAAAAAUCCCGCCGCCGCUACCACCCAAGACACGCCGGGGCUGUCUGAAGAACGUUGAUGGUGGCGGCGGCGGCGGCGGCGGCGGUGGCGGAGCUACGAUCCUUUCCAACGGUCACGUGGUAAAAAUCCGAAUAGACCCGAUGAUGGGCGACGGUGGCGGCCGCGCUCAGAGGGACGACGAAACGUGCCGGGAGAAGAUCGUCGGCCGCCGGUCCAGCACGGUCAAGAUAAACAUCACUUGCGUGGACCCGUUUGUGUUCCGCCGGCACUAUAAUGACGCAGAAGACGACGCGGACGACGACGACCACGACGUGGACGUCCGGCGCACGUCGACAGGCCACCAGUCGCCGUUGGACAGCGGCACCGGCAGCGACCUCGACACCGGUAGCCGCCGGGACGAGAGCGACGACGGCACGUGCAGCUGUGACUCGCUGACCAGCAGCACGGCGGACGCGGCCGAGACGGUGGCCGCGACCACGGCGACUGUUAUCGAUGGGCUGGUCGCGACCGCCGCUCCGCCGGUAACCGUGACUGCAGCAGCCGUGGCCGUUGGGGUGGCCGCUGGUGCAGGAAUCGUAACCAAGGCGUCAGUCGCUACGGUGGUCGAAGAGUUGCCGAAACGGUCGUCCCCGCCAGCGAUUCACAUCCAACAGCGGUGCUACGGCGACUCGACCGUAGCGGCCGCGGCGACCACGGCCGACCGCGUCAUCGACAUGGACAACACGGACCAGUACUACGACUUUCACAUGAACGAGAACGUGUUCGACGAGGUGGACGCAGCUGCCGCGGCGGCUGCGGCCGCUGCCGCUCAGCCGGCCGACGAUACGUUUGCGGGGUGCAAGACCGCGGCCGCGUCCGACACGAUACGCAGCGCGAAGGGCACGAUCAGGGGCGUCAAGAACCGCGUCAGAGCCGGCAUAGCGACGUUCUUACAACCCAAGACUAACAAGACGUGGCAAGAAAAAGAAGCCGGCAAAGUUGUGCUGUACACGACCACGAUGGGCAUAGUCAGAGACACGUACCAGCGGUGCCUGCUGGUCAGACAGAUACUGAGGACCCAUCUGGUCAAGUUCGUGGAAAGAGACGUCUUCAUGAGCAGGGAAGUGCAGAAGGAAAUCAGAGAACGUCUCGGCGGCGUGGACACGAUUUCCGUGCCGCAACUGUUCGUCGAAGGGAACCUCAUUGGAGAUGCAGAAGCCGUAGAAAGACUGAACGAAUCUGGAGAACUUCGAUCGAUCUUAAAACCAUUUAAGAGUCCGGACGCGUGUACGACGUGCCAAGUGUGUGGGGGAUACAGGCUUCUGCCGUGUCCCAUGUGCAACGGUAGCAAGAAAUCGGUGCAUAGAAAUCACUUCACCACCGAAAUGAUCGCCUUGAAGUGUAUGAACUGCGACGAAGUAGGAUUGGUACAAUGCUAUGCAUGUUAAACGGCGAAAACAUAUUUUUUUUUGUUUUGUAAAAUUUUUUUUUUUUUUAACUGAUCGCGCAGCAAUCAUUAUUGUUAUGUACACAUAAUACGUACGGUAGGUAUAGAUAAUUGAAAAUAAUAAUAAUAAUUACGAUAACUUAUAAUCGUCGUCAUGAAGCAGCAGACGUUUCGGAUUGCGUUUCAUUUUCGUGUAUUGUAAUUGUGCGCCGGAUUGCUGCCAGUACGACAUCGUAAAACGUUGAAGGGUUGAAUAAUAAUUCAAUAUCAUUCGGUCGAUUCGUAGAAAUGAAUGAAAACGACAAUAUUUUUUUAUAUUUUAACGUUAAAUCAUAAAACGAUUACUAUUGUACUGUCAAAAACGAAGAAACGACAAUAAUCGAAUUCAACAACAAUCAUUAUCGUAACAAUUCGAUCGAAAUAAUUCCGUAGCAUUAAAAUUUAUGCACGGAUUGACUGGAUUUCUGGUUUUUCGAAAUACCAUGCCUAUAAUAACAUGAUAUUUACUGUUAUUAUUAUCGGCUAGUGUUCUUUUUUCUUCAAUUUUUAAUUUAUAUACCUAGUUCAAUUUUUAUUCAUCCACCCCUUCCCCUGUUAAACGAGUAAUCUACUGGUAUAUCUGUGUAUAGAAAAUAUUAUAUAUUUUUUUUAACAUAUUUUUUUUUACUUUUUUUUUGUGCUGAUACGAUAACUUCUAUUGACGUGUUAUCGUGUACGUAAAAAAAAACCAUUCGAUGAAAGAUGUAUAUAUAUAUAUAAAUAUGCAAAUAUAUAUAUAUAUAUAUAGAGAGAGAGAGAGAAUAGUAACAUUAGAAUACUACGCACUUCAGAUUUACAAUAAUCUGAUAGUAAUAUAUAAAUAUAUAUUUGACGAGGCCAUCGAAUAUUCGUGACAACCACUCUAUACACAACGUUACAUUAUUACGUACUCGAGGCCUACGAACACAUUACGCGUGUAAAAUCGAUAUUGUAUUAUUUUAUAACGUACCCAUAGGUUUUAGACAGGUGAACCACAUAAUGAUAUGCGCUCACGAGCGCGAAUAGUUUUUCGUAAUAAUUGUAAUAAUGUCAGAUGUUCACAUUUAAUGGUGAAAUGCUUUACCGUCCCGCCGUGUAAACGCGCGUCGCACUGCGACGAACGUAUUUUAAUUUUGUCGUGAAAUACAAUAUGUAUACGCGUGUACGGGGUGAUACUUUUGACGUGAACCAAUCACGUUAGACUAUGUCUAGGGAAACACGCGAGUGAUGAGCGUUCUAUCCUUGUUGGGCGUUUUUUUUUUUCAUUAUUUUUUUCUCACUGCUAUACAGGACCGAACAAUUGCUUCGGUACUCCGCUCCUGCGGCAGACACUGCUCGCGCUUUUCCUUAGCACAGUCCCGAUAUCGCAAGACCGCCCAGUGCAACCGUAAGAGUAUGUAGACUGUAGGCACCUAGCGAUACGUUCAUUUCGACGCAAACAAAACCGGACACAAUAAUGUUAUGCAGAUAAAUGAGCAGGCCAACGUUGGACCGCACAAAUUUACAUAUAGUAUCGCGCAUUACGUGUGAUUCUCGUGUAGCUUUCCUGUGUCGACCGAUGAACACGGUUACAGCUGAUGCAUCGCGUCAAAUGCACGAAAGGUUAUCGGAGACGAAGGAUCGCUGCCGCCGACGCGUUUACCAAACGGUUGUGUCCGGUUUUGUUUGGAAUACCGUUUAAAUCUCCCGUGUACCCACCACGUUGUCACAAAAUUCUCUUUCCUCGGCGUAAGUUUAUACCAUACGUAUAUAUCUAUAUAUUACCUAAACGUUUUUUGUAAACCUUUUAUUAUUAUUAUUAUUAUUAUUAUUAUUAUUAUGUAUUUAUUAAGUUUAUUAUUAAGUUUCAUUGAUGUUAUUAUAUAAUAUAUUAUAUCAUACACUACUGUUGUUGUAGUACCCUUAUUUCAAAACGCUCAAUAUGUUAUACAUCAUUAUUGUACUUUGUCUGUAUUAAAUACGUUUGUAAUAAAUUAAUUUUGUGUACAAAUCGAUUUGUGAACAGUUUCCGACGUGCUCGUGCGCGUGACUGAGUUACAUUAUUAAAUUGCAUCAAUUUUUGUA